AUGAUCUGGAAGCUGCAAAGACAAUGGUGGAUGGAAAACCAAAAUGUAGUUGGACGUUUGUGUAUAAAAUAUCAAAGACGUUGUACAUCGAUGUCACGUGGAUUUGCUUGGGAAUGCUUCUUGAGGUGAACGGCGCAACACUACAAGACCUGAAAACUAGGGUGAACUGUAACUAUGAAGAAAUCGGUCGAGCCUUGGUUGGGAGAAGCAUUGGGUUUUUCAUUGGUUCUUUAACAGGAGGGGUGCUUUGGGAUAGAUUCCCAAAAUACACAGAUUUGUUCUCCGUCGGUGCGUUGCUAAUUGGUUCCACGGGGACCAUGAUUAUACCCUGGUGUAGAGUCUUGGA